AUGAUACUACAAAAGGUUUUGUCGAUCUUACUAGUUGUCGGUACAGGCCUGGCCGCACCUGCUGUAAAUACACGCGGUGUCGCGUUUAAUUGGGGAUCUGAGAAAAUCAGAGGUGUAAAUAUUGGCGGAUGGCUUGUUCUCGAACCCUGGAUAACACCUUCACUAUUCGAAGCUACCGGCCACGAUGAUAUCGUUGACGAGUACACUAUGGGCGAGAAAUUAGGACCCGAACGCGCUCUUCAGCUUCUUCGACCUCAUUGGGAUUCAUUCGCAACAUGGCAUGACUUCAACAAGAUCGCGCAAUCUGGGUUCAAUCUAGUCCGCAUACCGAUUGGAUUCUGGGCGUACGACACAUUCGGUACACCAUACGUUUCUGGCGCCGCACCAUAUCUGGAUGCUGCUAUCGACUGGUCAAGAAGCUUAGGUCUGAAGGUUCUGAUCGAUCUACAUGGUGCACCUGGUUCUCAGAACGGAUUUGACAAUUCUGGUCAACGUACACCAGGACCCAGCUGGACGACGGCGAAUACUGUACAGCAAACGCUUCAGGUGCUCAAGGCCAUUACCGACAAGUACGCACAACCUGGAUAUCACGAUGUGGUGGUUGGCAUACAAGUGCUGAACGAGCCCAUGGUCCCUAGAUUGGACAAAGGCGUCGUUCAGCAGUUCUACAGGGAUGCGUUCAACCAAGUCCGCACAGUCUCAAAGACACCUGUCAUUAUUCACGAUGGAUUCAUACCUCCCAACAACUGGAAUGGGUUCCUUACUCCCUCGGACAACGAUGCACAGAAUGUCGCGGUCGACCAUCACGAGUACCAGGUGUUCAGACCGGACCUGGUAGCCAUGCCACCAUGGCAGCAUCGUCAACUCGUCUGUAACAACGCCGAGUCUUACAAUGGUGCUGACAAGUGGACGUUCGUCGGUGAGUGGAGUGGGGCAAUGACAGACUGUGCUAAGUAUCUCAACGGUCGAGGCGUAGGAGCCAGGUACGAUGGGUCAUUCGGCGGAGAUAGUUUCUGGGUCGGAGACUGUGGCUGGGUCAACGAUGUCAACCUCUGGCCCGAGAGUUACAAAGAAGACACCAGGGCCUUCAUUGAGGCGCAAAUGGCGGCGUUUGAGACAAAGACACAGGGCUGGAUUUGGUGGAACUUCAAGACGGAGGGUGCGAGUGAAUGGGACGCAUUCCGACUCAUCGAUGCCGGAAUAUUCCCCCAGCCCCUGACAGAUAGAAAGUUUGGCGCGAUAUGU